AUGGGCUUGAUCCUGCAGCGAGCCAACGAGGCACUCGACAUCAAUUCCACCCCGGGAAUUGAGGAGCAACUAAGUGUCAACGGCUCCAACUGGCUAUGGACUUGUGUAGCCAUCUACUCUUUUUUCUUCCUUGGCGUCUUCGCCCUCUCAUGGAAACCUAGAAGCAACGAAAAGGUCUUCCACUACCUCCUCAGCAUCGCCCUCCUAGUCGGUGCCAUCACAUACUUCUCCAACGCCUCCAACCUCGGCUGGUCCAUCGUGACCCAGGGCACGACCUCCCGCUCGGGUGCUCCGCGACAAAUCUUCUUCAACAAGUACAUCAACUGGGUCGUCGCCUUCCCCAUAGUCAACAUCCUCCUGGGCCUCGUCGCCAACUCUUCCUGGGCCACCAUCGUCUGGCACAUCUUCCUCUCCUGGGUCUGGGUCAUCAGCUACCUCGUCUCGGCCUACACCCCGUCCGUCUACAAGUGGGGCUUCUUCGUCUUCGGCACCGUCGCCUACCUCGUCAUGGCGGCGUCGACGUUCGUCGAAGGUAGCGUGGGCGCAAAGCGCGUGGGCACCCAGGGAGACUACUGGAUCCUCGCCGGGUAUUUCAACCUCCUCUGGCUUCUGUACCCGAUUGCCUUUGGUGUCUCUGAGGGCGGCAACACCAUUGGCGUCACGCCUCACUUCAUCUUCUUUGGUGUUCUGGACGUUCUCAUGAUUCCCUGCGGCGCUGUUGUCCUCCUGCUGCUGUCCAGGAAGUGGGACUACAACGCCUUGAACCUCUACUUCACGCAAUACGGCCGCGUUCCCCAGGGUGGACACUUCCCUGAGAAGUCGGCGGCUCCUGCCCCUGCCCCAGCUGCGACCCCCGCUGUCUAA